CUCCAUUCCAUUUCCGAGCCCUUGUCGUCGCCAUCCACCACACGGCUGCCUACACUUCCUCUUCUGACUUUUCCUCGUCCUCACUGUCUCGACCGUUCUUCUCGUCUUUGGUAUUCUGUCCGUUCUUUAUAUCCUGAAUAAAUCGCUCUUGCAUUGUGCAUGCGCUGUUUGGUCCAUACUCGAGGCCGGACUGUGGCGAGGCAACUCCAAAACUCGGCUGUGCUCCGCGGCUGCGCCCAAAACACAUCCCCCUCCCGAAGUCUGAAGUCCACCAUUUGACUGCAUACCUUCGACUACGAACCAAGUACUUCCUACAACUUUACCUCUUCGUUGGUAUCUUCUAGGCAUACUUGCAACACACCAUCGCGAUGGCGGACAACGCCAGGUCACGCACCCUGGACGACGAGUUCGACUUUGAUGCCGGUGACCUCACAAAACAGUUCGAACAAUUAUUACGGACAAGGAGGUUGAAUGAACUCGAGGAACAAGCAAGAACGUCUCGGGCUUCUUCACCUCACCUUGCACCUCGAACAUCAUCUCAAUCAGCAUCGUCGCCGUUCCCACAAUCUCCAAACCCUGUACGGUCUUCUCGCCCUGCACAACCACAAUCACAACCACAACAACCACCAACCUAUACAUCCUUUCGAAGUCAUCCUAUAGUGCCAUGCCCUCCUCAAGACGCCUUAUCCCUGAAGUUUCGCAACCUGCUCAUAACUCUGUCAAUGACACCGACAAAAUACGAAAACCCUGGCUUGCUCGAUGACGCCCUCACCCACGUGCCAAUCGACCAGAUCUACACAGAAGCCGAGGAGGAGCACAACUUGAUGGUAGUAAUGGCCGAGUCAAAGGGUGAUGGAAGCAAACCUGAAUGGGGCUACCAAGACUGCGUCAUAAGAACUUUGCUAAGAUGGUUCAAGCGAUCGUUCUUCGCAUUUGUCAACAACCCUCCUUGCACGAGAUGUCACGGAGCCACCGUCGCCCAGGGACAGACUCCUCCAACGCCGGACGAGGUUGCUCGUGGUGCUACCAGAGUCGAACUAUACCGUUGCACCACCCCUGGCUGUUCGGCCUUCGAAAGAUUCCCCAGAUACAGUGACGUCUGGACCUUGCUCGAGACCCGAAGGGGACGAGCCGGAGAGUUUGCCAAUUGCUUUAGCAUGCUUUGUCGUGCCGCUGGCGCUCGAGUGCGAUGGGUUUGGAACAGUGAAGACCAUGUCUGGACCGAAAUCUACAGCGAACACCAGCGCAGAUGGGUUCAUGUAGACCCAUGCGAGGAGCUUUGGGACACACCAAGGGUAUACACAGAGGGCUGGAACCGAAAGAUCGGCUACUGCAUUGCCUUCUCCAAUGAGGGUGCAACUGAUGUUACUCGACGCUACGUUCGCAACUCACGCUACCAGCUUACAAGAAACCGAUGUACAGAAGAGGUCCUGCUCUGGAUCAUGCACGAGAUCCGCAAGAUUCGAAGAGAUAACAUGGACAAACCAGUGCAAGCACGACUGAGGCGUGAGGAUGAAAGAGAAGAGCGCGAGCUAAGAGGUUACGUUGCGACGUCGCUGGCGGACGACAUGCUCAACUCCAUACCUGGAACAACCAAUCCACAACGGGGCGAAGAUGUCAAGACACCUGCCGAAAGACAACAGGAAGCCGCCGUACGGUGGUCGAAUCAACAACAAAUGGAUCAAUCAGGUCGCCGGUAGUACCGGCGUGACCACUCGCCUGCUACUCGACUUUCUCAUCACCACUACUUUCGACUGAUUUUGCACGAUGAGCCUAUUGCGUCUCAUGUGGAGAUACGAUUCCUUCAGAAAAGAACACUUUUGAUAUGCAUGCAUAUUUCUGGCGUCAAAGCGUGUCACUUAUAUGCGCUUGAUCAACACCAGCUCAUGGCGUUUACGACAAAGGGGUUUUACCUGGCUAUAAUAUCUGGUAUUCAUCUUUGCAUCACGGGGUUUUUGAUUAUGGCGAGCCAUCACUGGGAGACGAUGGCGUGCCUGCUAUGCGUCGGUGAGGAGUUUUUAGCGCAAAGAUAUGGACGAGAUGGAUGUCCGCUCUUCAAUGUCCCGUGGGAGCAUUUUUUGCCUGUCUACCA